AUGAGGGUCCUGGGGGAUAAAUCGCCCCUUCGGAGGGCUCAGGGUUUGGAUUCGGCGCUGGAGUCCGAUGAUGAGUACAUCCCCACCAGGGGCACCGAAUCAAGCUACCGUUCGGAAGCUCCCCCGGAGUACUCGAAGGCGAGAUCACCAAGUCCGAGGAAAACUUCCGAAGACUUCGGUUCCGAGGGUGUCCCAAGCCGAGACCCCGCCAUCCGACUACUUUUCCAAAGAAUCCAGAAGAUGGAGGAGGACCGAACCCGGUCCCAGGUCCCGGACUGGGGAAAACUUCGGCCGGGACCAUUUACCGAGCGCAUCAAGAAGUCUAGACCGGACAGGGAGGUGCAGCCGUUGCGCAUACCCUUCUAUACCGGUGUGGAGGACCCUUUGACGCACCUUCACUCCUUCUAA